AUUCUGUGUACAGUUACUUGCAGAUACAUCUAUAUCAGCAAAGGUCUUCUUCAUCCACUGUUAAAAAAAACGUGAAACCAUGAAGCUUUUUCAGAUACUCUGUGUCUUGAUGUUGAAUAUGCCAUUUGCAGUAAUCAGUACCCAGCUGUGCCAAUAUACAGACAAAAAAAGUGAUGUUACAUGUCAUGGAUGCCACGCAUGUCACGAUUUGGAUGAUUUAAAACGUAAAAUAGAAUCUGUGGAGCAAGAACUUGCAUGUUUGCAAUCCAACGUAGCCGCACUGAAAAAUGCUUUGGUCUUCAAUAAAGGGACAAGCAGCAGUAACAAAAUUUAUCUUACAAAUGGCCAGACAGCUACUUACAAUGAGGCAUACACAACUUGUGCCAAGGCAGGAGGACAGUUGCCUUUACCACAAUCUGCCAAAGAAAAUAAAGCUAUAUUGACCCUUGCUUUGCAGCACAAGAUGGAUCCAUUCCUUGGUAUUAAUGACAUUGGGGAUGAAGGAACCUUUAGAUAUCCAAAUGGAGAGAAAAUAAGCUACUCAAACUGGGCAGAUAGUGAACCCAAUAAUGAGUUUGGGGUUGAGGAUUGUGUGGAAAUGUUCAAUGAUGGGAAGUGGAAUGAUGAGAAUUGUGAAGAAAAACAACUUAUCAUUUGUGAAUUUUCUUAAAAUGUUUUUUUUUUUUUAAUUCUGUGAUGGGUAAUUGCAGGUAUAAAAAUGGUAAAUUGUAUUCCUUUAAACUGUAGCAUGUUUCUUUAAUAAAUUAUCUCUUACCCAGAUUUAGAUGUUUAGACUUUAAUAAGCCAUUUUGUCCUAAAUUAAUGUGAAGUCAAGUCCUUCUCUACAUCAUGUUGAACUUUACGUUUUAGACCAAAUAAAGAUUAAGAUGUGUGGGUCAAGACAAUAGAUGUACGCUUCUAAUUUUCACAAGAACUUAUUUUAACCUUAAGAUGUAUAAUUAACCCAUACAUUACAUGUAAUAACUAGAAAUUAUAUUCUAUAUAUGUGUCUGCUAGACCGACUCUGAAGGAGGUAUUACUGAGAGAUUACCUGUACAAUCAGGAAGGGUAUGUUAUACGAACACUUUUAAUUGCAAACAUAUAUUCAUUUAAUCCUAUACACUCUGCCACAUACUAUAUUAGUGGGUUAUUCAUUUUUAUAUGUCUAUAUUCUUAUAUUCAAUAAAAUAUUUUAAGGAAAGACAAAAAAA